GAAGUCUGUGCUGGUCAACUGGAGCUGCGGGGAGCCUGGGCAUUUCCAGGACCAAUGCCCUACGAUGGAGGUGGAGACAUUGGUCUGGUUCCCCGACAUGACACAGGCUGCCCCCGAUCGAGCAGAUGACCAGGCUGAGCAGCGCUCCUGUCUCAUUUGUGGAGACCGCGCAACAGGACUGCACUAUGGUAUUAUUUCCUGCGAGGGCUGCAAGGGCUUCUUCAAACGCAGCAUCUGUAACAAACGAGUCUACCGAUGCAGCCGCGAUAAGAACUGCGAGAUGUCGCGCAAACAACGCAACCGCUGCCAAUACUGCAGGCUUCUCAAGUGCCUGCAGAUGGGAAUGAACCGCAAAGCAAUCAGAGAGGAUGGCAUGCCAGGCGGACGAAACAAAAGCAUCGGCCCCGUACAGAUUUCCGAUGAGGAAAUCGAAAGGAUUAUGUCCGGACAGGAGUUUAAAGAUGAAGCUAACAUGCCAGAACACACAUGGGGAAACAACGGUGACAGUGACCACAGUUCCCCUGGCAAUGGUGUCUCCGAUGGGAACCAGCCCUCUCCUGUCUCCACACUUUCAUCCAAUCGCUCUGUGGAGCUGAAUGGUUAUACGGCUGCUUUGAGGGAACAGUACAUUGGCAAUGCUAUGGCCCAACACUUCCAGUUCCUGCCCCAUCUGUUUGGAUACGCCGCCCAGCCACGGAGUCUGUACCCUCAGAGUCAUACCCUCAUCAGCCAGCUGGUGGCAGCAGAGGAGCUGGCCCCUCUUGGCACGCCCAUGCUCAUCGAGGACGGGUAUCGGGUCACUCAGGUGGAGCUCUUUGCCCUGUUGUGUCGGCUGGCGGAUGAGCUGCUCUUCAGACAGAUCUCCUGGAUCAAGAAGCUUCCUUUUUUCUGUGAGCUGUCCAUUGAGGACUACACACAGCUCCUGAGUGCUACCUGGCAGGAGCUCAUCCUUCUGGCCUGUCUGACGGUCUACAGCGCACAGGUGCUGGGUGAUCUCGCCAACGUUACUGACAAAUACACUCCGUCAGAUGACGAGUUGCAGAGUUUCAGUGAGGAUGGCAUGGAGGUGAUGGAGAAGCUGAUCUAUCUGUUCCGUAAGUUCCAUCAGAUGAAGGUCAGCAAUGAGGAGUAUGCCUGCAUGAAGGCCAUCAACUUCCUCAACCAAGAUAUUCGUGGUCUGACUAAUGUGACCCAGUUGGAGCAGCUGAACAAGCGUUACUGGUAUGUUUGUCAGGACUACACGGAAUGCAAGUACCCUCACCAGCCCAAACGCUUUCCAGAGAUCAUGAUGUGUCUGCCAGAAAUACGCUGCAUUGCAGGGAAGCUGGUCAAUAUUCCUUUGGAGCAGCUCCCCCUGCUUUUUAAGGCAGUAUUGCACUCCUGUAAGUCCAGUCUGAACAACUUCAGGACAGGCUCCUCCCCCUGUGUGAGUGUAAAGGGUACCGCCCCUGCCAACUAGCCCCACCCCUCGACAACACCCUCCCCAUCUAUUGCACGGGGGUGGGGUGUUAUUUGGGGUGGGAUGCCUGGUGUCUGACUCCUCCUCUCAUGAAUGUGACAAGAAACUACAGUAUUUUAUACAUUUAGUUUAGUUUAGUUUUUCUCUCUAUUUAUUACCAGACAGAGCUGAAUGUAUGUUGAUCCACACUGUGCACAUGCUUCUUUUUCAAAUGGAAAUGCACAAUUAGCACAGUGGAUUUCACACGCUUCAGUCCAACUGCGAUAUGUGACGGUGUAACCACUGAUCAGAUUAGAUCUACCACUUGCUUUUUAUUUUUUUGCGUUUAUUCACUUUUCUUUUGGGUGCUGAUAGGGGACAGAUAUGUAUGAAAAUAAUUAUGCUUUAUUGAACGACUACCUCAGGAAGAAACUGUUACACAUACUCUCACGGUUCGCGAUGCUCCGUGCUGAUCGGGAAGUUAACACUGACACUAUGCGUUUGAGUGUUUGAGUCUUGUCAUUUGUUUGUUCUGCAUGCAAAUACAUUUGCAUUGCACAGCAGUUCUCAAACACAGUAGUCAUGGAGAUUGUGAUUGUUUACACAAAAGAGAGGUGUAUGGAUAUUUUUCACAAUCAUAGGCUGGGGACAAAAUGAGGAUUCUACUUAACAGAAUAUGUCUGUUAAUAUUGAUUUUUUAUUUUAUUUUUUUCUUCUUUUUUUUCUUUUUUUUUACCAAAGUGUUAUGCAAAGUUGUAGGGAAGUGAGCACAGCUUUGCUCAACAAAUAAAUGAAGCCGUAAACUGGGGAAAAUAGCGCCUUUCAACAUCAAAUGCCACACUCUGCACAGUUUGCACACAGUUCAGCAUUGAAAUGUGGGUUACAUAGCAAGAAAUCAGUUUUUUAAACAGUAUUUUUUCUUGUUUUCCAGUAAAAAUAAAUAUCUAACCAUCUUUAAAACAUGACAAAUUUACUUUUGUCUUUAACUUUUGAAAGAUAAUAUGCAACUUUUUUUUUUAGGAGAAAUUAUAUCUUGAAUCAGUUAUUUUUUCUUAUUUUGCUUUUUUUUUUUUUUUUUUUUUUUAAGCAUA